GGGCAGGGGGGGGCGCUGCUGUGCGCCAGGCAGCGGCCUCUUUGUACAGCCACGCCCGCCGCAGGGCCCGCACAGGCCGCCCCAUCCGCCCAUCCGUCGGCGACGCCGCUGAGGGCGCAUAGCCCAGGGCCUCGCUGAAGUCAUGGACCGUCCGAGCCCCCGGAUACAAAUAUAUUGCCCUCCCCAUGUCAACGCCCCGACUGUAUUCGCACCCAUCGUCGGCCCCGAAUCCAAUUUGCAGGCGCCUUUCUUCCCAGAGAUCCGACGUCGUGAUUUUUGUUGCAGUACGGGGCCGAAACUUGCGAGAAACCUCCGCCUUGCUUGUCUCACGACGUUGCCUCUCUGGGCCUCUCCCAACGCGGAGGCUGCGCAGGCAGCGGGCACCUUUGUGUACAGCUCGCAGCGCGGCGCCGGCCGCGGGCGCGAGCGCGCCCCGGCCGCGCGCGGCCUCGCGGGCUGCGUGCUUGUGCGUCCUGUGCUGCCUAAUACCAGGGGGUAAAAGCCCCUUCAUCAUACACGUAGGUACACCCCUCGUUGGGCGGGGCGCGCUGGCCAGCGGGAGCCCGCUGUAUCACCAGCAUUCGAGCCUCGUCAGGUGGCUUGCGAAUGGCAUCUUGGUCGCCUGGGUG